UCCACAACAGAUGCACUGGUAUUGUUCUUGAUCCGGCAUAGAUAAACAUACACUAUUGUUCUCUUUAAUUUGCAGAAGAUGCAUUGAUAUUUUUUUUCUAGUUCAUAUUCAAGCUCUAUACGUCCAGCCAAAGUUAUAAUAAUCCAAGCUAUGACGCUUCUCUGAGACCACCACAGUUUCCGCCGACAGACCAAAAAAGCUGUCUACCACCACUACCACUUCCACACUCUCACCCCGACCGGAAACCAAAAUGACCAAACAAACCUCAUCUCAAGACGAAAGCUCACUCGCAGGCAUAUCGCUACGCGCCUUCCUCCUAGGCACAGCCCUCGGCAUCUCGACCAGCAUCACGCUCUACCUCCUCCUCAUCUCCCCGCACCCGCUGUGGCGCGUCCCCUUCUUCAUCUCCUCGCUCGCCCUCUUCCACUUCCUCGAAUACUGGGUCACAGCGCAGUACAACACCCGCUACGCCACGAUCUCAGCAUACCUCCUCUCCUCGAACGGCUGGGCCUACAACGCCGCGCACAGCUCCGCCGUCGCCGAGUGUCUGCUCUCGCACACCCUCGGCCCGCGCGAUGCAUACACUUCGCUGACCGCGUCCGUCAACGGGAUCAAGUGGCAGGUCGUGCUUGGGAUUGCACUGAUGCUGUGUGGUCAGACGAUCCGCACGCUGGCGAUGAAGCAGGCGGGGACGAACUUCAACCAUACGGUGCAGGUGGAGCGGCAGGAGGGCCAUACCCUUGUGCGACACGGGGUGUAUGCGGUGCUGCGGCACCCCAGCUACUUUGGGUUCUUCUGGUGGGGGAUGGGGACACAGCUGGUGCUGGGGAAUGUGGUUUGUUUCGUUGGGUAUGCGGCUGUGUUGUGGAACUUCUUUUACAAUCGGAUCAAGCGGGAGGAGAAAUUUUUGGUAUGCUUCUUUGGAGACGAAUACGUCGAGUACAAGAAGAGAACUUGGGUUGGCAUUCCUGGGAUCUUCUGAUGCCUAUCUUCAAAAGAUUAUAUCCCAUUUUUAUAUUGUACACUUGGAAGAAAAAGGAGGAUGAAAUGUGUAUCAAUCAUAUAUAGAACUUGCCAGAAUGGUAUCACCAUAUACAA